AUGGGACGACUCCUCCUCUUCCUCCAGGCCUCCCGGACCCUCCCAGACCCGAGGAGGGGCGCCGUCACCGACAUCGAGGCGGAGCUGCUGUGGCAGAACCGGCCUCACCCUCCCCGGGGCGAUGUCCCAAACCGCCGACCCUACCUGGACUACGGAGAGGUGGAACCACAGGAUCAGCGGCCCAUGCGGCUACAGCCACGUCCACUACCAGGGCGGCAGCUACCAGGGAGAGUACUGGGAGCACUGGGAGCACUGGGACUGCAGGUGGCGUUGCUUCCAGUAGAUGUUGUUGCGGAAAUGUUUUACACCAAGUUGAUUUUUGAGUGCUUUGUUCAGGUCCAUCAGUCCGGAGAGAGAAGGUCUGAGGAGAAGGUCUGGACGUUCCACAGUCUGACUCCUCUGCGGGUGGAGGAGCUGAAGCUGAGUGAAUCUGGGUGGAGUCGGUCGCCUCAUGGUCGCCUCCCGCAGGACUUCCGAGCCGGGGAGCCUCUUCAGAUGGACCAUCCAGAACCCAGGCGCCAACCGGAGCUCCUCCAGCGCAAGACGGGGAAGGCGACCAGCAGCUCCUGCCCGGGCGGCUGGACUCACUACAGGAGACGCUGCUACAUCGUCGGCUCGUCCGUGGCCAGCUGGGCCAGCGCCGAGAGGAGCUGCUCUCUGCUGUUGAACAGCAGCCUGACCAGCGUGCGGUCCAGAAGAGACGUGGUCUGGCUGUGGAAGUUCACAGGGAGGAAGCCAUUUUGGAUCGGUCUGUCUGGGGGUCCGGGUCGCUGGAUGUGGGCUGACGGUCAGACGCUGUCCUUCUCAAACUGA